GUAAACUGUAACCCGUAACCCAACCCUUAAACCUUAAACCUUACCUAACCAGUAAAAUCAAAUUACGCAACAAGAACGAAGUGGAAGUUCAAAAGAAAGCAAAAUUCGAAAGUUAAACAAGCAACUAACAUUGAUUUAGAUCCAAAAGAAUAAGCAUUCUUCUGCAACCAAGUCAAAUAGGCUAGAGCUCAGUUAAAGGUGGAAUCCAGCACUUUGUGUCAUGCACAUUCACCCUAUUUUAUUUCCGAUAGUAUCAGUUUUAUUGAUUGGUGGUAGCCGAGCAGUCAACAUGAGUGGUCCAGUCGCAGAGUUUGUCAACACCAAGAUCAGCAGUGAUACUGUGGUCAUUUUCUCCAAGUCAUAUUGUCCUUACUGUCGCAUGGCCAAAGAGGUGUUUGACAAACUUAAACUGAAAUACACAGUGAUUGAGUUGGAUGAGCGAGACGAUGGAGGUGAAGUGCAAGACGUGCUUGGGGAAAUGACUGGAGCAAGAUCGGUCCCCAGAGUCUUUUUGAAAGGAAAAUUCAUUGGUGGAGGCACUGAAGUCAAGGACCUUUACGGAAAAGGGGAACUGCAGAAAAUGAUAGCUGCAUAAUCAUGACACAAGUUCAAAUAUAAAUUGUAUACAUUGUUAUCGAAUUCUAAACUAAACGUUUAUUUUUUUUUAAUACAGGUAUUCACAUAAUUAUAAGAAGAGAACAAUUUUUGUAUCAAUUAUGUUGCAUUAUAUUAUUUUAUUACAGUUUAUACAUCACAUCA